GUCUAAACGAGACCAAAUUGCUUAAUCAAAAGCAAUGACCAUAAUUAUAAUCAACCGCCCACAUCAUCUAUCUAUCCAAUGGUAAUUGUUGUUUAUUACCUCGCCAAAAAUAGGUCUCUGCCCAUGGUCCAUGGCCAGGGGACCGCCCGCAGUGGCGAAUCCGGUUCCGUCGGCGUUUCUCGAGCCACUUUCCUCAAUCAACAAUGCGGAACUUUACCCGACAUUGAAGUCCCCAGGCACCCAAAACCGUUCCAGAGUUCCGGAGCGUCAGAGUACUACAAAGGACGCAUAAUUCUGCACAAAAAGAAC